AUGAAUGCAACCCAUUUGUCUGAUCCUGUUUCAAUUUCAAGAUUAAUUGUUUUUAGUAUCAUACCUUUCUUCCUAAUUGUGGGACUCGUUGGUAACAUAUUUGUGAUAUAUAUUUAUGCACGACAGUCCCAGAAAAGCAAUGUAGAAACAUUCAUCCUGAUAUUAGCUGUCAUUGAUCUCAUUGGAUGUAUCUUUGGAAUGCCUCUGGAAAUGGCUGAACUCUGCCUGGUAAUACAGUCAAAAUAUUUGUGUAAAUUAUACACUUUUAUUACUGUCACCUAUUCUAUCUUGUCAUCCUUCAUUCUUCUCACAAUUGCCAUUGAAAGGUACAGAAGUAUAUGUUGUCCACUCAGUAAACAACUGGAUCCAAAACUACGCAAUACUCUCAUUAUUUUCUUAAUUGUAACAUCUGUUUCAUUGGUACUGCUACCUGUUGUCUAUAUUGAAAGUGUUCCCUUUUCCCAUGAGAGUUAUAGCUGUGACUUUCAAGGGUCAUUCCUCUGGCCAUAUAUUCUUACAGCAUUUAUUAUUCAGUGUAUUCUUGUCCUAAGCAUGGCUGUGCUCUAUUCAUUUGUUCAGAAGAAUAUUAAACAGCAUUUGAUGAAAAAGCAAAGUAAAGAACCUUUUCAACAAGAACAAAUCAAUCAUACAAAGAUUAUACUUUUCUCCAUCUCAGUUUUAUACUUUGUUAGUUUCACACCAAACCUUCUCUUUCGUGCCUUGUAUCCAUACUGCAGAGAUUCUAUCCUGUUACAAAUUUUUAAAGUAAUUUUAUAUCGUACUUGGAUACUAAGUUCAUCCUUAAAUUUCAUAGUGUAUGGAUUCUGUAACAAAAUUUUCUGGAAAAGUUUUGUAAAUAUAUUUAGUAGGGAUAAAAGUGACUUUGAAAUGGAUAAGAAAUUUUAG